AUGUCUUCUGUCUUCACGUGCAAGCACGACGACUUCGACGUCUGGUUUGGCUGGGCAAAGGGAUGGAGCAACAUCAGUACCGAAAGCUCACGCCUUCAGGCCAAAGGCUUGGCCGCAGAUUUAAUGAACCCUGGGCCCAAAGGCGGUUCGCUGGGCUCCGGUGCGGCCUGGGUCGACUUCUUCGUCUGGUGUCAGACCACUUAG